AGAGUCGGCCAAGUAAUUAAAAAAUAUUGCAGCUGUAACAAGGCUCGUAUCGAUUUGUUCCAAAAACUGCAUAUUCGUUGGACAUACACACACACACACACACACCGACUGAGAGUGGGAGGAGUGCGCUUGUGUGCUGUUGUGCGGAAAAGGAUACGGAAACGGAAACAGUGACAGGGACAGGGACAGGGACAAGGAAACUGAAUCAAAAUCAGGAAACAGCUGCUGCAGAAACAAAAUAAAAGCCCAGCGUUGCGUGUUAUCAGAACAUCUGAGGCAAUCAUGGUGCCAUAACAGCAAGGAUUUCUCUCGCCAAAAAAAGCCAUAAAAGUUAGCACCGGAAAUCCCCAGCAGCAUCCCCCAAAAUAACCCGUACAAGGAUUCAGUGCCAAAGGAGAGGCGAAGGCGGUGGUAAUCGUAGCAGCUGGAGGAGAUCCGACGAUAUAUCCGAGGGAAAACUGGGCCAGCCGGUGAGGGCCCGCGUUCAUCAGUUUAUCAGGAUUUUCAGGACCCAAUUCAGAGGCAACCCAAUGCAUUUGGGUGCACAACAACAACGCCCCAAGCAACAACAACAACAGCGCGAGCAACAAGAGAAACAUCAGAGACGUUUCACGUUUAGUAAAGGACGCCAAUGUCGUCCCUACAGCGUGACUGGCAUUUACAGGGUUCCCGGGGAUCAGUUUACUGCGCGAGUGAACCUGACCCAACUGGUGGAGUCCAGUACCAGUCGGGAGGGUUCCUUCUCGACACAAACCCAGCGCCCGGCUCCGGCGGAGGGGAGGGCGUGGCUGGAAGCGCUGGUGUCGGCGUUGGCAGUGGAGGAGGAGUGGGUAUGGAAUGUGGAUCCCUCUUCUCGGUGGUCUCGGCUCCGCCGGCGCCGAUGCCCUCCACAAACAUGCCCUGCCACGUCAACCUGCCGCUCGCCGAGCUGGACGUCAAGCAAAUGGAGUCGCUGUGCCUGCCCUCGCCCUCUCGAUCCCGCUGCUGCUCCCCCACCCCAUCGCCGCUCCGACGUCCCGCCACUCUUACCCUGGAUGCGCCCUGCUGUCCGAGGACCCUGCACGCCAGUUUGCUGGAGCACCAAAUCUCCGAACUUGAGGAGGACGACAACGAAAACCUGCUGACCGUGUCCAGCAUCACGGCGCGUCCACUGAUCGCCAAGUCGCACGAACUGCGCAGUAGUCGGAAAUCUGGCUCCGGUACCGGUUCGGCAACCGGUUUGAAUACGGCGCGGAGCAGGUGCAUCCGCCGGGCCAAGGAGCGAGAGCGGGAUCGGGAUCGUGUGCCUGCCCAGAAACGCAGCAAGCAGCUGGCCAAGGAUCGCGACUCUUCCACAACGACCACGGAAAGUGGAGGCGGAAAUGUGGAGCCUCCUGAUGGUGGUUACGGCUGGGUCAUCGUCUUUGGAGCCUUUUCCGUGCAAUUCUGGGUGGCCGGUCUGGUCAAGUCCUAUGGCGUAUUGUACGUAGAGAUUAUGGAAACGUUUCCCAGCUCCACAGCCACGGUAGCCUCCUGGAUUCCUGCAAUUCUAUCGGCCCUUUGCUUGGUCCUGGCUCCCUUGUCGAGUGCCCUGUGCCAGAAAUUCUCCUGCCGGGCCGUGGUCUUCGUGGGCGGAAUCUUCUGUGCCAUGGGAAUGAUUCUUAGCUACUUUGCGACCAGUCUGCUGCACUUACUCUUCACCUUUGGCAUCCUGACAGGAAUCGGCGGAGGCCUCUCCACCACUCCGGGCAUAGUCAUUGUGUCUCAGUACUUUGACAAACAUCGAGCCCUGGCCAAUGGCAUUUGUGUAUCCGGAACUGCGGCCGGCAGCUUCAUCCUGCCAGUUCUGAUCAAACAUCUAGCUGAGAGCUGCGGUUUCCAUGGAACACUUCUCAUCCUGGGUGGUUGCAUGUUGCACGUCUGUGUCUCGGCCACUCUCUACCGCCCCAUAAGUGCAUACACGGACCAGGAACAAGACCAGGGGCAGGAGGAGACGACAAAGACCAUGACAGAGGACAUUAAUCCAAGCACCACUGGUAUUCUGACCACCUCCACCUAUCUGGACACCUACGAAGUCGGCGCGGGACAUGAGAUAAGUGACAAGUUCAUAGAGCAUCUGUUCCUGGAGGAGUCCAAGAAUCAUCUCAAUUACUAUGCCAGCAAGCAGCCAGCUCAGGACAAAUCAGCCCAGGAGAGUGACGACGAGGUCAAGGACAUCAUUGGCGAGACCACUUUCAUCAAACCUAUGAAAAAGGUUCGCAGCUCUGGCCUGUUGCACUCCGUGGAGGAUCUGAGCACCGACAGCACCUGGGUCUACCGCAAGCACUCCGGCACGGACUCGAAUCGCGGCAGUCGUCGUCGGCGCAACGUCUUCGCCAAUGACGAGGUCAUCUCCAAGAUCCAGGCCCACCUGGAAAAGCCACUUUCGCCGCCGAGUGUCGUGAGUCGUGGGCUGAGCAAGAGCAUGGAGAUACCCACGCCGGUGAGCAAUCUCAGCGAUCUAAAGCCACAGCCCCGGGAAGAGGCGGAAAACUGUAUCCUGGACCCCCAGUUGGUAGAGUCCAUCGACGGCGACUGCCAUGGAACAGCCGGAGAGGAUGACGAGGACGACGACGAGGAGCAGGGACCGCGUACCUGUUGCGAGCGAAUCGAGAUGUACCUCGACAUCAGCUUACUGCAGGAGCCAAGCUUUAUCCUGAUGUGCCUGUCGGUGACCCUGAUGUCUGUGGGAUGUCCCUACAUGUUGUACUAUCUGCCCGCACACGUCAUCUCCAUAGGAUACAACAAAAGCGAGGCUGGUUAUCUGGUUGCCAUCAGUGCUGUCCUAGACCUUUGUGGUCGCCUUGGCUUAGGUUGGCUGUCCGACCUGCAGCUGUUUGAUCGAAAAAAGACCUAUACUCUAUGCAUUUUGGGAGCCGGAUUGGCCGUCCUUACCAUACCCUUCGCCAAGACGCUGAUUCUGGUGGGAAUGUCAGCUGCCGUCUAUGGAUUAUGCCUGGGCAGCUGGUACGUGUUGAUGCCCGUGCUCCUGGCGGACGUCUUCGGAACGGACAGGAUCAGCUCCAGCUACGGUCUGGUGAGGAUGUUCCAGAGUAUCGGUGCCAUUUCGGUGCCACCGCUGGCGGGACUUAUGAGGGACCUCUCUGGCGACUACGAGAUCUGCUUCUACUGCAUGGGCUCCUGCAUGGUGCUGGGAUGUACGCCCCUGGUUGUGUGGUCCAUCCUAGAGGCCCGAAACCAUGUUCUGUUUGUUCAGCGUGAGGAGGACGAGGACUGCGAGGAGGCCUAGGAUGCUUAAGCGUUUGAAUGUUUGCAAAAAUUAGUUGGUUGUCCCAUAAGUUAGUCGUGUUUUAGUAGCGAUCAAAUACUAGUUGAGUUCCUGAGUUUCAGAGUUCGAAUGCCUCACCGAUAUUGCUGAUUCUACCAAUUACUAAUAACUACAUAUAUGUAUCUAAUCUCUGUAACGACCCCAUCCCCAAUCGCACCCAAGAAUCUGUGUAUCUAUGUAUCUGCAGCUUGUUAUCCUUUAGUUGAGCUUCAACUGGAAUUACUUUCAGCAACGGAUGUGUGAGAAGGGAUUCAAACGAAGAAACCAAACAAACCAACAACUGAGCACCAAAGUUGCGCAAAAAGAACUGAGUUAAAAAAGACAUGAACUACAAAUACCCAUAUAUAACUUUAUAAUAGGACAAAUCGGAGGCUUGUCUUCAGAAAAUCGCAUACAUUACCCUAGUCGUAAAAUAGUUGUUGUGAGACAUUUACCAAAAAGCGAAUUACCAA